GGAUUCGAACGCACUCAGGUGCUAGACGCGUUAGACGCUUCCACUAGAGUGAACGUUUGGUCGUCCGGAACGGGUCCUUUUAACGUCUCAUUACGUGUUCAAGACGUAAUCUGCCCUUUUAAUUUACUUAAUCGAUUUUACGAAUUAUUGAAUCAAUUUUAUUUCGAUUUGCCCAACUCGGAACUGAUCUGUGAUGAAAGUAAAAGUGUUAUUAUACUACGUUCAGUUCGGUACCUUUAGUUUUAACAGAGUUCGUUAAUAACACCGCGCUUAUCCAUUUAACUAUUUAAAGUUUGUGCUUGUUAAAUGAAAUUAUUUAAACUUUAGUGAGUUUCUGCAGGUCGAUUUUUUCGACACUACUUUCUGUAAUAAAAGGAAGUCGGUUGACAAAAGAAUUCGCCAUCAUACUUCCGGCACAGCAGCUCGGUGCCACGGUGGCACCAUGGCCUUCGGCCAUUGCAUCCAUGGACGAUGUGGCACAUAAAGGUCAUAGCGGUGUGAACCAGCUAGGGGGUGUUUUUGUCGGCGGACGUCCAUUGCCAGAUUCCACUCGGCAGAAGAUUGUGGAGUUAGCACAUUCCGGAGCUCGACCUUGUGACAUCUCAAGAAUUCUGCAGGUCUCCAACGGUUGCGUCUCCAAAAUUCUUGGAAGGUAUUAUGAAACCGGGUCUAUUCGACCACGAGCAAUCGGAGGCUCGAAACCACGAGUUGCCACCGCAGAAGUGGUGGCGAAAAUAUCCGCUUUCAAGCGGGAAUGUCCUUCCAUAUUUGCCUGGGAAAUUAGAGAUAGACUUCUUCAAGAUGGUGUCUGCACAAACGACAACAUUCCUAGUGUAAGUAAACAACUUUGUUGA